AUGACGAACGAAAACAAAACCAAAUUCCCCGACACCCCACGUAGCCAGAAAUCCUUCGGACAGGAUAUUGGCAUCGUGCAGCUUCGGAAUCAGAUUGCGAGAGAAAUGGAUGGCGAAUUCAUAACCUGCCCCGUCGAGAGCUUCAUGGAAACCUAUCUCCCUUUCGUUCCAACCGAGAAGGAGACGCAAUACUUUGUUAAGAAGCUCUUAGAAGACAUUCCAACGGGACGUGGCGCAGGACCUUACGCUCUUCGCAGUGACACAGACCCGAUACCAUCCGUCUUAACUGGCGAUGAGACAAAUUUUGCUUUUCGGGCGUACCCGCCCAAGAAAAAAAUGGCAGUACUCACUGACAACGAAAUUGCUGUCUUUAAAGGUUGGGAAAAGAUCGCUGAAACCAUUGGGAAUAUCGACUACCCUGGACAGCGAAACCGUAACAAAUUCAGCUACGUGAACGUGCCAUACAAGCCGAUAGAUUCUCCCAAUCGCGGGUCCAACAACAAGAUCGAUGCCGCAUUUGUCGCAGCUUUCGAAAAGAACAAGCCGCUUCUGACUACCGACAUAGCAGUUGUAAUGGAACACAAGUUGUCAGAGUCGCAGAAACGGCAAAACGCUUUGCAAGCUGUAUCUGCGAAUGUUCAGAUCAUGAACGACGACGUCCGUCGUAUGUUUACUUUUGGGAUCACAACCGAACAGCGUAAUGUCACGCUGUGGUAUCAUGGUCGAUCACAUUCAGCCGCGUCGCAUACCUUUGACUUCACAGAGAAUCCCAAAUUAUUCAUUCAAGUCCUUAUUGCGUUUACGUUCGCAACCGAGGAAGAGCUUGGUUACGAUCCAACGGUGACGCUCGAAGCAGACGGGAAUUACACGUUCAAGCUUCCCGAAUCACCAGGCAGCAAAGAGUUUCGUCUCUUUCGUACUUUGGAGCCCUUAUCGCUAUAUCGCUCGAACAACAUCACUGGCCGCAUGGCGCGUGUCUACAAAGUGGUCGAAGUCAACGAAAGCGGUGAGGCGUUUGGCGAUCCCCUUGUUCUGAAAGAUGUGUGGCUCGACAGCACUGCCGAGACCGAAAAGAAGAUACAGGACACCAUUUUUGGCGAUAUUGAACAAUUUUGGAAUAGUACGGACGAACCGACGGAACUCAAAGAAAUCAAAAAGGCCCACCAACAGAUUGUUCUUGAUGGAAGCUACAAGAAGUACUUUCUCGAAAUUGUCCUUGACCACAGUGGACAGUUAACCAAACUACGAGCAAAGGAUGGAAUCCAAACAACAGAUCUACUCGCUGAGCCCGACCCUGCACCACAUCUCCCACGAACCGGUGCUAAAUCUCAAAAAUCACAGUUGCAGAACGAUCAGGCAUCUGUCAACACACAUCCUAUUGCUUCGAAAAUAACAAAGCGUCCAGUAGUCCCACGCGAAUAUUCACCAAAGAGGCAGUAUCGCGUCCUGUUCAAAGAGCUUUGUAAAACCGUUGGACGGCUCGAAACCAUAGGAGAUGUUGUCACUGUGCUCUUUCAAACUCUCACCCCCCUUCAGCUUUUGUUCUGUGCGGGAUGGGUCCAUAGGGACAUCAGUUCCGGAAACAUACUUGCCUUCAAGAAGACUUUAGAGAGCAAGGGCCCGUGGCUGGCGAAAAUCUCUGACCUUGAAUAUGCCAAGAAAUUUCCGAUGCCAAAAGGUUCAGCCCCCGCAGCAGAUCCAAAAACCGGAACACCGUACUUUAUGCCUCUGGAGGUUAUGAUGUCGUCUUACCUCUUUUCUGCCGAAUUCAACAAUGCAAUCAUCGAAGCGCCACUUGAUCCUGCCAAAAAUACAGUCAAAACUGAACACAAACGUAUAAACGUGGAGAGGCUCGCCCAAUUCAAACAAAAGCUUCAGAUGUCUACAACUGCCAAAAAGGCCACUGGAGUCCUGCACAAUUUUCAGCACGAUUUAGAAUCGAUAUGGUGGAUUCUUCUCUGGAAUAUAUGCUGCCGUCUUCACCCAGAGCACUCGACACAAUCCCUCCAGGACUUUGGCAAGGCUAUUUUCGUGAAUGAGAUGAAGCCAACUGAUUCCAGAAUGAGGUGCAUCACCGAACCCUCAAUCGGAGAAUCUAUCGUCGCCGAGGCACCAGAAUCGCUUUUCCCUCUUGUCAGUGCUCUCUUUCUCUUGAGGCAUGAUCUCUACCAGCACUACGUCGAUCGUGGUAAGUGGAGGACAUAUGAUGAUAUCGGGUCGUACUCCAAAAUCCAUAACAUCUUUUUCGACAUCUUUGAACUCCUCAACAUUGAGGUCACAAAGGCUUCUGAGGCUCAAGAUCCUGACGACGAUGAUGGGGACUCUCAUUGGUCCAAAAUCUCUUUAUUGGUAAAGGAAAUUAGGAAUUCGGUGGCAGAAGGAUCUGCGGUAGGAGAACCAGAGCGUAAGCGUCCUCGAUCCAACGAAGACCAUGUCGAUGCGAGGGAGGUCGAGAGCGAAGGCAGGACCAAAGCUAAGCAACCUAGAAAGAAGUGA